GGAGGGCGCGCGCCUGCGCGUUAGAGGGCGGUCCGGUCCGGGGCUCGGGAGAAGGCGGUCUGGCUGAUCCUCGUGCUAUUCUGGGGCCCCCCGGGCCGCCGGGAUGUCGGUGCUUCGGCUGAGGGCGUCGCUGUUGAGUCGGGGGGCGGUAGGGCUCGGCCGAGCCCUGCGACCCGAGGGCUGCACCUGCCCUGGUCCUGAGAAAGGGGUCUCCCGGACACCAUGCAGGAAGUACUCAGUCAAUGCACCAGAACAGGAGAGGAGGAGGGACGCGGGGCAAAUGGAACUGUUGGAAGUGCUAGAGGCCCGAGUAAGACAACUCCAGAACGAGUAUGUAUCUGAAGUGACAGUAAAUCGAGUGGAAGUGGCUCCACUGAGGACCAGCAACCAGAAGGACUUGCAGGCCCUUGACAGAGCCAAGGGAGAUGCCAGCAGUACUUCCCCGAUGGUGGGGAAGGCCUCAGGCCGCUGGGUGGAGAAGCUUACUCAGGAAAAGACUGAAUUGCACAAGAGACAACAGAUCCUGGAAGCCAAGCUCAAGAACCAGACCUUUUGGGAAUCCCAGAUAAAGAAGAAAGAGAAAGCACUUCUUGCCAAACAAUUGAAAAUAAACAGAAAGCAAACAGAAAGCAAACAGAAAGCGAAAGCCGUUGUGGGACGGCAGGCCCCCCAUCACAGUGUGGGACAGACAUCUCUGAAAAAGGAAGUUCUGGAGCCCGGCGUGGGCAGACAUUCCAGAAAACAGAUUUUCAUCCAGGCCUGUCUGGAUUGCUUGCUGUCUCAGGACCAUCUAGCACAAGCCACUCAGCUGCUUUUCUCCUACUUUGAUCGCAGGAGUGGCCGGAAUCUGCUGACUGUGCCCAUGUACAACAGCCUUUUGAGAGCUUGGGCCAAGCAGGGCUCCUUGUAUCAGAUGAGCACCUUGUUUUCCAUGAUGAAUGAGUCAGAGCUGACUCCAGACCUGGUUUCCUAUGCUUCUGUUCUGGAGUGUAUGGGCCGAGUAAAUGCAGACUCCGAAAUCAUCAAGAGCUGUCUGAAUCAGAUGACCAAGGAGGGCCUGAAACUGGAGAACCUUUUCCACGAGGGGGCGCUGCCCAGGCAGGCCAGGUUGUUGGUGCUGAAGGCCAUCGAGAAGGUGGAGCCGGGAUUCUCACCACCCCCAGCAUCCUCCCCCGAGAUCCCCAUCUCUCCUCUGCUCAGAGACUUCUAUUCCAAGGACGAACCCGUGUCUUACCCGAAGCUUCCAUUGCCUCUGCACGAGCUGAAGAAACGCUUCCAGAAGCAGCUAAUGUUGGAGUCAGAAAUGACAGUCACUAUCGACUCCGUGGAGGAGAAACCACCAGCAAACCAGAACCAUCAUGCGAGGAAGCUUCUCCAAGACCUGAAAUCCCAGUGGCAAGAGGCCUUGCUGAAAGCAUUCAAGGAAACCAAAGACCACAUAAGUGAACAGCACAAACAAAACAGCCUGGCCAGCCUCUACCCCUACCUGUGUCUGCUGACGGAUGGAGAGUAUGUGGACCUCAUGAUGCAGACUCUCUUCAAUUUGCCUCCACAUGGAAGUUCCUUAAUCCAACUAGUCAUGGAUCUUGGGAUGAAGGUUUACAACAAGAAUUUAAUCCAGAGGAAGAUGAAACCCUUUGUAUUAGAUGAGUUGAAGAGGAAGUAUAUUAAUUACUUACAUCUUUUGGCCAGUGACACUCAGCUGGACUCCUGCCUGCCCCGGGAGCAGUGGGAAGCCUUGGAGUCAGAAGCUACCGUCUGCUCCGAUUUCUUCACUCGAGAGAAGGUCUGGCCAGAUCUGGUGUUGGUGCAGCUGGGAACACAGCUGGUGGACAUCCUGGUGCGGGCCAUCCACAUGCCCAGCAAUUUGUCCUCCUCCCAAGCAGAGAAGAAACUCAUCCCUGUGCUGUACCAUGUUUACUCCUUCCUCUCCGUAAAGCAGAUCGGUUUCAUCAAACCCCACCCAUCCUUCAGUCAGCUGGUGACUGAAGCCGCUUGCACUAAGCUCACCUUUGACUCCUCUGUCCUGCCUAUGCUGUGCCCUCCCGUGCCUUGGACCUCGCCUCACUUUGGGGCCUAUGUCCUCCACCCCACCAAGCUGAUGCGCUGCCUGGAUGGGACUGUCCAACACCAGCAGCUGUUGGAGAGCUGCCCUCGGGAACGUUUGCACGCAGUACUUGAUGCCCUCAAUCAGCUAGGUAACUGUGCUUGGAAGGUGAACCAGCCGGUGCUGGACAUAAUCAUCUCCAUCUUCAACGCUAAGGGCAACAAGAAGCUGGAUGUACCCCCACCCAUGUCAGAGGCCCCCACGCCCCCUUCCUAUGAACUCUCCAGAAACGCUAGCUCUUUAGAGAAGGCAAGACUGCGGCGAGAGAUCGCCCAGUGCCACAAGACCACCCGAGAGAUGUACAGUCUGCGCAUGGAUGCCCUAUACAAACUGUCCAUCGCCCACCACCUGAGAAACCAGAUCUUCUGGUUUCCCCACAAUAUGGAUUUCCGGGGCCGCACCUACCCUUGCCCACCGCACUUCAACCACCUGGGCAGUGAUAUGACCCGGGCUAUCUUGCUGUUUGCUGAAGGCAAACCCUUGGGGCCCAAUGGCCUGAACUGGUUAAAGAUUCACCUCAUCAACCUGACAGGGCUCAAGAAAAGAGAGUCACUGAAGGCCCGGUUGGCCUACGCCAAUGAAAUCUUGGAGGACAUCCUGGACUCGGCAGAUAAGCCGAUGACUGGCAGGAAGUGGUGGAUGGAUGUUGAUGAGCCCUGGCAGGCCCUGGCCUGCUGCAUGGAAAUUGCCAAUGCUGUCCGCUCACCAGACCCCGAAGCUUACAUUUCCCAUUUCCCCGUCCAUCAGGAUGGUUCCUGUAAUGGGUUGCAGCACUAUGCAGCUCUGGGCCGAGAUGUCAUCGGGGCCACCUCUGUCAACCUGAUGCCCUGUGACGUUCCCCAGGAUGUGUACAGCGGCGUGGCGCAGCUGGUGGAAGAGCAGCGCGAGAAGGAUGCCAAGGCAGGCAGCUCCAUAGCCCAGGUCCUGGAGGGCUUCAUCAGCCGCAAGUUGGUAAAGCAGACGGUGAUGACGGUGGUCUACGGCGUGACGCGCUAUGGCGGCAGGCUGCAGAUUGAGAAGCGCCUGAAGGAGCUGGAUGAUUUGCCCAAGGAGCACGUGUGGGAAGCCUCCAUGUACCUCUCCCAGUUGGUCUUCAGUAGCCUUGGUGAGAUGUUCUCGGGAACCAGGAAUAUCCAGGAUUGGCUGACAAAAAGUGCUCACUUCAUCUCCAAGUCAGGCUCUACUGUACAGUGGGUCACCCCUCUGGGCCUUCCCAUAAUUCAGCCGUAUCACAAGACUCACAAAAUCAUUGUUCCCGGGAGUCUGCAGUCUCUGUGCCUCAUGAGUUGCUCUGAUGUCAACCAGAAGCCAAACACCUUGAAACAGAAGAAUGCUUUCCCCCCCAACUUCAUCCACUCACUGGACUCCACCCACAUGAUGUUGACAGCCUUGUACUGUUACAGGAAGGGGCUGACCUUCGUCUCAGUGCACGACUGCUUCUGGACACAUGCCUGCACCGUGGACAUCAUGAAUGAGGUCUGUCGUGAACAAUUUGUGAAUCUGCACAGUCAGCCCAUCCUGCAGGAAUUGUCGAAGUACCUGGUACAAAAAUACUGCUCUGGGCACCCGUCUCAUUCUUCCUCUAAGAGAAUGUCCCCCGAUGAGAAGUUGAUGCUAAAGACUCUGUCUCAUGUGCCUGAAAGAGGAGAUUUUGAUCUGCAGAACGUGAAGAAAUCCACCUACUUCUUCAGCUAAAGAUGGUUCUGAGCAUGCCAGACCCCCCAAGGGUGCCAGGGCCAUUCUGGAGUCUGAGCACCAAGGCCCUUGCCAGGGGUGGCCCUGAAUCCUGAGGACCAGGAGAUUUGGUUCCUCUGAGUCUUUGCCUCUUAGGCCCUCCAAGAGUCUGCGCUGCCUCGGGCCAAGGACAAGCUGAGCUGGCAGUGGGGGCGGUGUUACCUGUGACUGUUCGGGGGAGGGGUGUGUGUGAGGUUGUUCCUCCAGCACUUGGGCCAAGUGGUUGGAGGGGCUCCCAAGAGUGCUCCUGGGCCCGUGUGCCAAGGGAGUGAGGACUCUCCAGGCCUGCUGGGGCAUUGGGACUAGAGAAGAGCCCCCUUCUUCCAGGACGACCCCAGGAUUUUCCAUAUUUUGAACUAUUUCUCCAUCCUGGGCAUCCAGAAACCUCUGGCCCAUGUCCAGUAGUGUAAAUAAAAGCUGUUAACCCAA